AUGAAGAAAUGUGGACGAACUUCGGAUUCUCGGCAGAGCGGCACUUCGUCAUCUACCACUGCACAAUUCGCAACACCAUCACUAUGGUCAGAGUCUUCAUUAUUGUUUGGCAGAUCUAAAGGACGAUAUCUGGCGUUGACAGUAAGAGGUGAUGAAGAAAUGCAAGUAAUUCCACAUCGAAUAGUAAUGCUUGGUGACUGUUCCAGUGGUGAUGCCGAGUGUUGUACAACAGUAACACAAGAUGGACGUGAGAUGCAGAUGUGGCUUUUUGUUGAUUUGCAUAAUUUUGAAAUGUUUUGCAAACAGUGCACCGAAAGCAUCGAUUGCUGUGUAGCAUGCUAUUCGAUAACAACUGGACAAACUUAUCGGAGUGUCAUCGAAGAAUGGAUUCCUGAAUUUAUGAAUAUGUUUCCCGGAAAGCCAAUCAUCUUAUGCGGAUUGGACAAUUCUGAAGUAUGUACAUGUAGUGGCGGCAUGCAUGAAAUAAUGUUUCAACAUGAUUUCAAUUUUUGCAACAGUCACCUUACACAAAUGGAUGUCUCCAUCUUCGAUAAGCGCAGUGUGAAAUCAUUAUAUAAUUGCAUAAAAAGUACUUCAAACAAUCCGAAAUUUAAGCAUAAGAAAGCUUGUAACUUAAUGUGA